CUAUACACUGAGGGCACUUAAGAGAACUUGUUGGUUAGCUGCACCUAAGGCUGGAAUGCGCCGUAGCUUUUAUCUAUUAUUUAGUCAGUGCCUGAAAGCUGCAAACGACACGAAACUGGAACUACAGCAGAAGAGCUGCUAGCGACUGUUACAAAUGAAAUCCAUUAGUGAAAAGUGCGUGCGUGUGUGCAACAAGUGAUUGGUGAUUAAGUAAAGGGGAAGUAAUGCGAACUGGCGGACAAUGCAUUUGUGAUCGAGUUUGAUUAGAGAGAUAUAUAUAUAGCUAGAGCGAAAUGUCUUCGGAACUGAAGGAUACUGUUAAGGAUCAUCACAACAACGGCGUCGAGGGCGGAGGCGGCGGCAGCAACCCAUCGGAAUGUGACCCGUGCAUCGAGGAAAGGAAGAGCCGCGGUCGUGUCCUGUGGGGAAGGACCGAAAAGAAGCUGCGGGACAAAAGUGGACUUACGCGGAAUGGACUGUAUUACGUGGGCGGUUUGCUGCUGCUCCUCUUUACCCUUCUUAUUGUCAUCGUAACCUUGGUGGCCAAUUGGCCCACCACUCCUCACCAUCGGCGGUUUCCAGUUUGCAAGAGCGACUCCUGUUUACGCGCCUCUUCUCAGAUUCAGCUCUAUCUAAAUCAAAGUGCAUCGCAGUGCAGGGAUGUGUGGAAUUGGGCAUGCGGAAGUUGGAUGUCCCAUAGGACCAUUCCGGAUGGUUACAGCAAAUGGAAUCAGAGACAGGAACUGCGACAACAAGAGGCUACAAGAAUUCGUGAUUUGAUAACCACAUUGCCAUUACCUUUACAUACGAAUACUGUGAAAUGGAAAUUGAAGCAUUUUUACGAAUCUUGCGUGGAGAUCGAUAAUGUUAACACCGACGAGGCGAGACCUCUCACGAGCAUCAUCUCGGAAUUGG